GCGAGGGUAAUGAUGGUCAGCGUGGAAGUCGCGGCACGGCAUCAAUGGAGAGAACAAUGACGAUCCUCCCCAUUCAGUGCUCUCCUGGAGGACGCCAUAGCAAUGACCUUGAAGACUACAGGGACAUCCGAGUUUAUCCUUCAGUGGAUGAGGUAAUGUGCACCGAUGAUCCGUACCUUCCUCUCACUGAGGAGGUCUUUUCAGAUGGAGCAUCCAAUGACAGCCGGUACUUGGAUUGGUCCUUCCACCUUCUGAGAGAAGAUGCCAUCUCUGUUGUCCGGGAGGAGAUUCAGGUUCUGGUUUCCGCUACUUCUGAGUCCAGGGUGGCGGAAUCUGACACAAAGAAGUGGGAGAAGCAGCAACAGCAGCACUUGACAGCCCUGCAGCGUAAAGUUCGUCAACGUCUCGAGGAACGAUCGGUUGAAGUCCUGAAGUUUGGCAGUGUCUGCAUUCCUCCUUUCACGUCCUCGACCCCUUCUUAUCUCCCACCAUUCGGCUUUUCUAUGGUUUUCAGGGAGCUGUAUCAAGCAGAGGAUCAGGCGAUCGAAGGAUUGAAAAUUACGAUGGAAAAUAGGAAGCAUGGUGGAAACCGGGCCUCUAAGACUGCAUCUAUGGAGCAACGACGAGCAGACCAUCUGUCCCAGCAGGGAAGUGGACAUAGUUCCCACCAGGGAACAGAAGUGCAGAGUCUAGAGCAUGAGAUAAACAAGAAGCGUUCACAAUUCCGCGAUCAAAGGAAGGCGGUGACAGAGCGUUUCUGGAGAAAGAACAGCAAAUUUCUGCAACGCGAGUCCCUUCUUGCGUUUGUUGAGAAUGACAAACUAAUCCGACUGGGUGUGAUCAGCAGUAGAGAUUCCCCGUCUGCUAGGCUUUUUGGAGAUGCCCAGCCUCUAAGCAGACCGUUCUGGAAUUGGGGAAGCCUCGUGUCGGCCUCAAAGCCUACCAGCUGUCAGCUUCGUUCUUCGCAUAUGCACCCUUUCAAAGAGGCUUUGCUUGAAUGGUCACAUCUUCCUUCCCACAACUCCUCUUCUUCCUCCUCCUCCUCCUCCUGCCAAUCUUCCUGUGCUGCAACUGACCAGUCUGCAAAACCACUUAGUUAUCAGGAUAAAUCCUUCGCUGACUUCAUUCGAUGCCUGGAACAACUGCCAGCUUGUCAGGAUGUCUCUUCUCUGUUGAAUCUCCGAAAGGCCGUGGUUCUCGAUGAGAGGCAGAAAGAUGCAGUCGUAAGUGCACUAAAGAUGCCCGUGGCUCUCAUUCAGGGCCCUCCGGGCACAGGAAAAUCUUUCUGCGGCUCCAUUAUUGCUAAGAUCAUCCAUGAUCUCUCCUCUGAAACGAUUCUCUGUAUAUGUUACACCAAUCAUGCACUGGACCAAUUUCUUGCCGAUUUGCUGAACAUCGGCUUAUCUGGAUCUGAGUUCCUUCGUAUUGGUGGAGGAGUGAAAGUCAGCGAUCGGAUCAGACCGUUCUCACUGGGGGCGGACAUGCAGGGGGGCUCAAGGCACGAGAAGCGAGAUCCUGCAUUUGGCAAGGUAUAUGGGGGGUUGAUGAAUAGUAGACGGGUUGGUGAGGACAAAGUUGAGAUGCUGACAGAGGCCGGACGUGUAACAGCACUGCAAACGUCGACAUCCUUUCAAAUGUUUGAACAAUGCAUCUGUGAGGAGGCCGGGACCAUUGUCGGCAGGGAUGGAAAACCUCUGCCACCUAAGAGAGAGCUGGUCGAGAACUGGCGCGAGGAACUGAUCGAAGAGUUAUUGAUUAGACCCCUGUUUUCUGAGCUGCAAGGUCUAUACCCGUUGAGGGAGAUGCUGAAUGAGCAUAAGCGAGCAGCCUCGUGGCGCGACUUCAACAAGGCACGCAUCAUUGGUUGCACAACUACUGGUGCAGCAAAGUACCACCGGGAGCUUCAGGGGCUUGGAGCAGGUGUGGUUAUCAUGGAAGAAGCGGGAGAGAUCCUCGAGCCGCACGUGCUGUCGAGCUUGACACGUAACUGCAGGCAACUGAUAAUGAUUGGUGAUCACGAGCAGCUACGACCAAAGAUCAAUCAAUACUCUCUGCAAGUAGAGAGCGGUGGGCCGUAUGCCUUAAACAGGUCCCUGUUUGAACGGUUGGCCACUAAGGGCUACCCGCAUGUACGGCUGCAGUGGCAGCAUAGGAUGAGACCAGAGAUAUCUGACUUCAUCAGACAGCUGAUCUAUCCGGACUUGAAGGAUGCAGACAGCACCAAGAGUAGACCUGAUCUGAAAGGAUCUUGGUCUAACGUCAUUUUCAUCGAUCACGACGGCCAGGAGGGUGACUCGCAAGCCCUAGAGGGCUCACGACGAGCAGACGACUUGCUGUCAAAGACAAACAUGGAAGAGGUUCAAUGGGUUGUUGGCAUUGUGAAGCAUAUUCGCAGACAGGGAUACAAGAACGAGGACAUUGCUGUGCUGACGCCAUAUCUGGCUCAGCUUCAUGCUAUUCAGGAAAAGCUUUCUAAAGUCUUCCCUACUUUCAUAAACGAUCUCAAUGCUGCUGAGCUCACUCAGCAUGGUCUGUCCAAGAAACAGGGGCAACCACAAUCUCCUUCUGUUCCAUCCUCCUCCUCCUCUUCCUCCUCCACAUCCACGUUCUCUGAUGCUUCCAGUAUCCUUCAAGGUAGGGAAGAAUGCACGAAAGAUAGCAACCAGAUUCGUAUUGCAACGAUAGAUAACUACCAGGGAGAAGAAGCGGAUAUCGUUAUCGUUUCACUGGUGCGGAGCAAUGAGAACGGUUCACUCGGGUUUGUUGGUCAGUCGCAGAGAGUGAAUGUUCUCUUGUCUCGAGCACGCAAUGCGCUGAUCAUGAUUGGGAAUAGAUGGACGUUCGAGCAUGCAAGAUCUCUGUCUGGUGCAGCAGCAAUGUGGCAAAAGCUGCUUAAAAUGUUCACAGAACUGAAGGCAAUCUUCAAGGGGUUUCCGGUCCAGUACGCCGUAGCCACCGCCGAGGCUCAGCAGGCUGCGGCAGAGGCAGAACGUCAGCGGCUGGCCAAUGAGGCGGCAACCGAAGCUCAGCGGACAGCUGAGACUGACGAAGCGGCACGAAACAGACGGAAUGCCGCCAGCACGGAGUCCCUGAUUGCUAGUGAGCAUCAGUGGACAACGGUACUCCAAGGCAUGAUCUUUGUGCCUACGGAAACGCAGGCGGAGCCGACACAGGUGGAGGCAGAGAGAAGUAACCUGGCUACCGUGAUGUUGAACGUAAUGAGGGGAGUAAUGUGGAACAACAAACUACUGCAGGCACACCUGCACACGAAACGACAGCAAAAACAGCAGUACCAGCAAGACCUGGCCGCUGUAACGGCCGGCGUCCGCGACGCAGCAAUGCAGCAGCAGCAACAGCAACAACUGAUGAACUCUACCAUCACACGCAUCAACGGCAUUGAGGCCAAGGCCUCAGCAGCGCCAGGCUGCACGACGGACGCGACGAAGCAAAUCAACGAACGCAUCGAUCACGUUGUCACCAUCCUCGGCGACAUAGGUGUUUUCAACGGACCGGACACGAUCAGCAGCACGGUGGCCGCCAUCAAGACAGACAUCACCAAGCUACAGACGAGACCGGACGCCGCUACAAAGAUGUUCACGAUGCCGCACUUCGACAUCUGCAAGUUCGACGACUACAACAAGUCGGACGCUUUGACAUGGUGGCAACGUUUCCUCACGGAAGCGUCAUGCCGCACUGUCCCGGCGAACGACAUGUUGAAGGCACUCUAUUUGCAACUGAUUGGAGGAGCGCAGGCAUGGAUGAACCACUUGGCAGCCACCCACAAGUGCACCAUCGCCGAACUCCACACGCACAUCACGUGGCAGGAGUACGAGAGCUUAGGGUUCACCCGGUUCAUGGUCCACAACGUCGUGAAGGCGGCCAUGAAUGAGGUGUACACAUGCUCUCAGGGGAACAUGCCAACUCAAGACUGGACAACGAAGUGGCAAAAGAUAGUGACCACACCAGGCUUCGACUUGACAUUUCCAAAUCAACGAUCCGAGUUCUUCUCACGAUCAUGCGCGGGAUUGCGGUCGGCACUCGGUAAUGAAACAUUGCCAAGGCCGCAUUGCAACGCCUUGAUGRCAAAUCUACGCUUCUACUUGCACACUACAGUACCAGCUCCGUUGACGGACGACGGGGUAGCGGUUGCCGAUCUCCGCUCCUAUCUUGCGAAGAUCGACCGUGAGCACGCCACCCAAAGGUACGCCGAAACCGACACACCUUUGCUCUAUAUCCGCAUUCAAAUCGGAAAGGCAACCKGUAGUGCCUUGAUUGAUUGCGGAGCGUCUCGCAACUUCAUGAGUCAAGCCUUUAUGGCCCGCGCAGGUCUUGGCCCKCGCGUUCGAACGAAGACGCAACCUACGCAAGUUACACUCGCGGACGGCCGCACGCAAAAGUCAAUUGACCGAUGCGUUGACGGCGUGCCGGUCUACUUUGCGGCACUUGCGUGCGACCCGGUGUCUUUUGACAUCCUCGACACCAAGUUCGACAUGAUUCUAGGCAUGUCUUGGUUGCGUAGCGCCGAUCAUCCGGUGAACUUCCAUGACCGAACCGUUCACAUCCGUGAUCGGAACGGAGUGUUAGUCCCAUGUACGGUCGCGACCCCUCACACUUCGAUUGCUUGUCACAUGGUUUCCGUUGCGCGGAUUCGCGACGCCAUUGCUCGGAAUGACGUCGAGGAGAUGGGCCAUGUAUUCUUGCAUGCUCUCCCCUCACCGGACGGACCAGCCGCGUCACCGCCGGACCCACGCAUUUCUCACCUCUUGGACGAGUAUAGAGACGUCUUCGAGGCUCCCACCGGAACGGUUCCGGAUCGGCCCAUACGUCACGGAAUCACUCUCGAGGCUGGGGCCGUCCCUCCGCGUGGAUGUAUCUACCGCAUGAGUGAAGAGGAACUCGAGGUGCUUCGCGCACAACUCGAUGAUCUUCUCGACAAAGGUUGGAUUCGCCCUAGUUGCUCGCCAUACGAUGCACCUGUUCUCUUCGUCCGGAAGAAGAACAAAGAUCUACGGUUAUGCAUCGACUAUCGGAAACUUAACGCACAAACCGUAAAGAACGCCGGCCCUCUCCCUCGGAUUGAUGAUCUCCUUGAGCGGUUAGGCGGCGCGACGUACUUCUCAAAGUUGGAUUUGAAGUCCGGUUACCACCAGAUUGAAAUCCAGCCUCAAGACCGGUACAAGACCGCGUUCAAGACGCGGUACGGGCAUUUUAAGUGGGUCGUCAUGCCAUUUGGACUCACCAAUGCCCCCGCAACGUUUCAAGCAGCGAUGACGACUGAGUUUCGCGACUUGCUCGAUCGCAGCGUCCUCAUCUACCUUGAUGAUAUCUUGGUUUAUAGUAGGACGUUGGACGAGCACAUCGUACACCUUCGCGUUGUUUUGAAUCGUUUGCGACUAGCCAAGUACAAAGCGAAUCUCGACAAGUGCGAAUUCGCCAGGCAAGAGCUUGAGUACUUGGGCCAUUUCGUCACGCCGAAAGGCAUUCGUCCCUUAGCGGACAAGAUCCAAGCCAUCGUGGAUUGGCCGGAACCCCGUUGCACGAUGGAUGUACGCUCUUUCAUGGGUUUGGCUGGAUAUUAUCAGCGAUUCGUCGAGUCAUACUCAAAAGUGGCCGCUCCUUUGUCGAGACUUUAGUCCUCGAAGCGCUUGAGCUUGCACGACUCUUGCACAUCGGUUGGAUUACCAACCAAGGUGUUCCGGAAGACAUAGUGAGCUUUCAUGUCAGCCUUUUGGACUUCCCUCAUGGCUGAGUCCGGUACGACAAUGAAACCGAGCUCGGCUC